AUGAGACCUGCUGACAUUCCCACAGAUUCGGCAGAUAUUACUAUGGAUAGCCUCGAAGCAGAGCUUGGCGUUCUACGAGACAAUGAAACGAAGCAACAGGCCGACAUCGAUGGCCUUGAAGAUCAAGUGGAUACAUGGGAGGAGAAUCAAAUUGAUUGCCAAGAACAAGCAGACCGGAUUACGCGUCUCGAAGAGGAGGUGGAUCGAUUGAGUCGUCACGACUGUGAUAGUAUCAUUGCCUACUUGAGGCUGUCGAAAAAGCAACUCGGAGAGCUUCAGGAGAAGUAUAGGGUUCAACAAGGCACAACAACUGCUCUGCGGGAGCACUAUGAAAUCCAUCAAAUAACGAUCGAAAGACUGAAAGAAGACUGCAAAGUAUACAAGGCAGAAAACGAUGAACUGAAAAAGCAAUGUACGGCUCAUGGGACGACCAUUGAAAUACUCCAACAAGAAUGUCGGGGAUACUCACGUGAGAUAAAUGACCUCAGGGCUCAACUUGCGGAACCGGAUCUACACCAUAGAUGCGAAGAAAACGUUGCUUCGCUGGAAAAGCAACUGGAGCUUCAACGAAGUGCUAUGGGGCAAAAAGCGCCACCGGAACCUGUCAUGGCUGAGAACAUGGCGCUGAAGAAAGUUAUCAAGCAGGUCGACAGUGAUGUAGUGUCUUUGUGUACUAACUUGCGCAACGCCAUGGCUUCCUUACAAAGGCCCGAAGAAAUCAAGGACAAGCACCUCUGA